AUGUUCCCGACUCGGGAAGAGGCUGACAGGACCGUGUUUGUGGGGAAUUUAGAGGCCCGAGUGCGGGAAGAGAUUCUUUACGAGCUAUUCCUUCAGGCUGGACCAUUAACCAAAGUGACUAUAUGCAAAGACAGAGAAGGAAAGCCGAAGUCUUUUGGAUUUGUCUGCUUUAAACACCCAGAAUCAGUGUCUUAUGCCAUAGCUUUGCUGAAUGGAAUCCGUUUAUAUGGAAGACCAAUAAAUGUGCAGUAUCGAUUUGGGAGUUCUCGCUCUUCUGAACCAACUAAUCAAAGUUUUGAGAGCUGUGUUAAGACAAAUUCACAUAGCUACAGAAAUGAAGAGCUUGUGGGCAGAUCCUCAGUUCCCACACAGUUCUUUUCAAUUAAUAAUGCUGCUUUACCUCAGGAAUAUUUUUUCUCUCCAAAUAUGAUGAAUGUCUUUUUUUUCCCCCCACAGCUGUGGAAUGCAUAUAAUCCAAUGCUUCAGCUUCCUUAUUCUGAGAUGACAGUGCCACUUCCUAAUAGCACAUCCGUAUCUUCUUCACUAAAUCGCGUUCCAGAUCUAGAGGCUGGACCCAGCUCUUACGAAUGGACUCACCAGCAACCAAGUGACUCUGAUCCUUAUCAGACGAAUAAACGAAAGAGGCAAAAUCAAACUAGUGAUAGUGACAGUAGCACAGAAAACAAUCGAGGAAAUGAAUAUACCCAAAAGUUCAGAAAGUGUAAGAAGAAGAAAAGGUGUUAG